AUGGGUUCCCUUUAUGAAGGCAGGAGCUUUCAGAAAAAAAGUUACUUUCCUUCUAUGCCGACAACCACAAGGAAAUUAGGAGCACUUCCCAUCUCAAGAACUAACUCAUCAAAAGAACAACACGAAGAACAACCGUCUUUAUUACGUCGAAGACUACCGUCAUUUUCAUCACUGGAUACUAGUACAAUUCAACAACCUUUCUCCACUGUUGCUUCAACAUGGGCACUUCACAGAUCCAAGUUUUCAACGGCAUCCAUGGGUGGAUAUGCAGUUGCUGGAAGUUCUUCUAUUAAGAAAUGGUGGGAUUGGGGAUGGGCUUGGAUGCUAUCAAGGAAACCGACAUUCGCUAGUGAUCUCGAGAUGGAUGAGCAAGAGUAUGUAAUGCUUGGGUCUCACAACAAAGGAACUUUGAGGCAUGUUUUCUGUAAGGUCAAGAGUCAGGUCAGGAGACUUGUUGGGUCUGAGCAAUAUGUGUUGCCAAUUGGUGGUACAUCUAAAGGAUUUAGGUAA